CAGGAGCCCCACCUCCAUUUUCUGGCAUCCCCGGUGGCUCUCUCCCAUCCCAGGGCUCUCAUCCAGCCCCAACCUAACUUUCAUUGACUUGGCGCAUCAGUACCCCUCCCCAAACUUCUUACCUGAGUACUCUAGGUGGCCCUGCCAUAGGAGGCGUCCCUACAAUCCCUCCCCAACCUCUUGUAAUUGCUGCUGGGUGACCUAAGAACCCCGUUUUGCCACCUACUCCACUGAGGUGCAGUUUUUACCCAGCUUCAUUUCUCUUCCUUUGGCUUCACCCUGUAUCUGCAUUCACUAUAUCCCGUCCUGGUCCUCAACCCCAGUCCCCAUGGUUCCAGAGCCCGGCCCAGUCAACAGUAGUACCCCAGCUUGGGGUCCCGGGCCACCGCCUGCCCCAGGGGGCAGCGGCUGGGUGGCCGCCGCGCUGUGCGUGGUCAUCGUGCUGACAGCAGCCGCCAAUUCACUGCUGAUUGCGCUCAUCUGUACGCAGCCCGCGCUGCGCAACACGUCUAAUUUCUUCCUGGUGUCGCUCUUCACGUCGGAUCUGAUGGUGGGGUUGGUGGUGAUGCCCCCAGCCAUGCUGAAUGCGCUGUAUGGGCGCUGGGUGCUAGCUCGCGGCCUCUGUCUGCUUUGGACCGCCUUCGACGUGAUGUGCUGCAGCGCCUCCAUUCUCAACCUCUGCCUCAUCAGCCUGGACCGCUACCUGCUCAUCCUCUCCCCGCUGCGCUACAAGCUGCGCAUGACAGCCCCGCGUGCCCUGGCGCUCAUCCUGGGUGCCUGGAGUCUCGCGGCGCUGGCCUCCUUCCUGCCUCUCUUGCUGGGCUGGCACGAACUGGGCAAAGCUCGAACACCUGCCCCUGGCCAGUGCCGCCUAUUGGCCAGCCUGCCUUUUGUCCUCGUGGCGUCCGGCGUCACCUUUUUCCUGCCUUCGGGUGCCAUUUGCUUCACCUACUGCAGGAUCCUGCUGGCUGCCCGCAAGCAGGCGGUGCAAGUGGCCUCGCUCACCACGGGCACGGCUGGCCAGGCCUUGGAAACCUUGCAGGUGCCCAGGACACCACGCCCAGGGAUGGAGUCCGCUGACAGUAGGCGUUUGGCCACCAAGCAUAGCAGGAAGGCUUUGAAGGCUAGCCUGACCCUGGGCAUCCUGCUGGGCAUGUUCUUUGUCACCUGGCUGCCCUUCUUUGUGGCCAACAUAGCUCAGGCUGUGUGUGACUGCAUCUCCCCAGGCCUCUUCGACGUUCUCACGUGGCUGGGGUACUGUAAUAGCACCAUGAAUCCUAUCAUCUACCCACUCUUCAUGCGGGACUUCAAGAGGGCCCUGGGCAGGUUCCUGCCAUGCAUCCACUGUCCCCCGGAGCACCGGGCCAGCCCUGCCUCCCCUUCCAUGUGGACUUCUCACAGCGGUGCCAGACCAGGUCUCAGCCUGCAGCAGGUGCUGCCUCUGCCUCUGCCGCCAAACUCAGAUUCAGACUCAGCUUCAGGGGGCACCUCAGGCCUGCAGCUCACAGCCCAGCUUCUGCUACCCGGAGAGGCAACCCGGGACCCCCCGCCACCCACCAGGGCCACCACUGUGGUCAACUUCUUUGUCACAGACUCUGCGGAGCCUGAGAUACAGCAGCAUCCACUCAGUUCCCCCAUGAACUGACCAGGUCAACAGCUGGCCAGCAGAGAGGGCCACAUUCCCAGAGGUCUCAGCCCACUCUCCCUAAGACUGGGAGAUGGUAGGUCUCCUGAGACUGUGCUGAGUGUCAUGAGGUAUCCGCAGCUAGCCCCCAUCUUCUGCUGCAGCCUCCUAGACACGAGGGGUGAUCAGAAACACCUCUGUAGGGCACUCCGGUGUGAUGUUGCUUGCGGCUUGUGUAGUGUGUCUGGGGGUCUCGGAGCUGGGCCAUUUGGUUCAGGGCAGUAGAAAAGCAAUUCAUCCUCAACCCUUUCUCUCAUGGUGGG